AAUAUUUGCGGGGUCACUCGGCUUUCUUGACAAUAUAAUGGAUCAUCACUGAUGAAACUCACAACUGUGCAAACUAUUGCACAACUUCAACUUCUAUCUACUUUUCGCAGUAGAAGGCUCUGACCGGUACAGCAUAAAGCUUUCCGAUAUCAGAUUAUCUGUUAACUCCGUAGGCGAUCAAUGUCCUCGACUCUACUGAAGAUGGAUGUACUUCAUAUUUUGCAGACGAACUUUGUGUCUAUUGUAAUCGGAUGUGUCUUUAUUAUAUUAUUGUGGAUGAAUCGAGGCAAACAAAGCAACUCACGUUUGCCUCCUGGUCCUUCACCGAUUCCUCUGCUUGGUAACUUGUUACGAAUGGAUGUGAAAGCGCCAUACAAGCUCUACAUGGAGCUCAGUAAGAAGUAUGGCUCAGUGUUUACUGUAUGGCUGGGCUCCAAACCUGUAGUGGUGAUCUCUGGCUUUCAGGCUAUCAAGGAUGCUUUUGUCACACAAGGAGAAGAGUUCAGCGGCAGAGCCAACUACCCCGUGAUCAUGACAAUCUCUAAAGGAUAUGGGGUGAUGGUGAGCAGUGGGAAGAGAUCAAAAGAUCUUCGCAGGUUCUCACUAAUGACCCUUAAAACCUUUGGGAUGGGGCGCAGGAGCAUCGAAGAACGUGUCCAAGAAGAGGCUAAGAUGCUGGUGAAAGCCUUUGGUGAAUAUAGAGAUUCAGUUGUCAAUCCCAAAGAAUUGCUUUGCAAUUGUGUUGGCAAUGUGAUCUGCUCCAUAGUCUUUGGGCACAGGUUUGAAAAUGACGACCCAAUAUUUCAGCUCAUCCAAAAGGCUGUUGAUGCCUACUUCCAUGUACUCAGCAGCCCUAUUGGAGCGAUGUACAACAUGUUCCCUAGAAUCGUUUGGUGCUUUCCAGGCAAUCACCAUGAGAUGUUUGCUAUCGUAAACAAGGCCAAAGCUUACAUACAAGGGCAAGCAGAAAUCCGCCUUAAAACCCUUAACAUCUCUGAACCUCAGGACUUCAUUGAGGCCUUCCUGGUUAAAAUGCUGGAGGAGAAAGAUGAUCCCAACACUGAGUUCAACAAUGAUAAUAUGGUGAUGACUGCAUGGAGCCUGUUUGCUGCUGGAACAGAAACCACAUCAUCCACCCUAAGACAAUCAUUUCUGAUGAUGAUAAAGUACCCUCACAUUCAAGAGAGUGUUCAGAAGGAGAUAGACGAGGUGAUUGGCUCAAGAGUGCCCACGGUUGACGACAGAGUUAAAAUGCCCUACACGGAUGCUGUCAUUCACGAAGUCCAGCGAUACAUGGACCUCAGUCCCACCUCUGUACCCCACAAAGUGAUCAGAGAUACAGAGUUCUACAACUACCACAUUCCAGAGGGUACCAUGGUCCUGCCUCUGCUGUCCUCUGUGCUUGCUGAUCCCAAAUGGUUUAAAAACCCAGAUGAGUUUGACCCAGAGAACUUCCUGGAUGAAAAUGGAGUCUUUAAGAAAAAUGAUGGAUUCUUUGCUUUUGGAGUGGGGAAGCGGGCGUGUCCUGGGGAGGCUCUGGCCAAAGUGGAGCUCUUUCUCUUCUUUACCUCCCUCCUGCAGCGCUUCACUUUCACCGGCACCAAAUCUCCAGAGGAGAUCAACAUCGAGCCAGCGUGCUCCAGCUUUGGCCGCAUUCCGCGUUCCUAUGAUUGCUACAUCAAACUCAGGACUGAGGAGUGACCACUUUACUGUGGAGACGUCACAGGCUCAGCUUCACAGGCAGCUGCUUGUCAAUUUGCAGUAACCAUAGCCUUACAUUUACCUCCUUUUUUCUUGUAGACAACUAUAUAAGCGUUAGUGAGUUGUUGUAUGUAUCUUGCUAUUAUCCUCAGGUAGGAUCUCUUUAAGGUAUGGGUUGAUAUUUCAAGGCUAAUUUCGGUCUACAUUCAUGUCUUUUAAAGCUUGUUUUUGGACAGGUUUCAAGAAUUGCCUUCAGAGAUGUUGGUUACCAUAUCUCUAUGCUGUAUAUCACACUCACCUACUUUGUACCCUUGUAAAAUAGGCCUAUAGGUUCAUAUUAAAUUCUCUAUUGAAACAUUAUGGUGAAAGGACCAAAAGUUUCAGGAGUUAUAAUGUAAGCAACUGAAAUUGGUCUUGUUUUGUAGGUUGCUACGUGGUUAGGACUGUACAUCUAUACAUGCAAAGCACUUAGGGGUACUGUACACUAUGUAUACUGUGGGGGUCACUAUGUUAUUCUGCCUUUGUUUUCAACAUGAUUGAUGUAUUGUAACAACAUUUGAAUGGAACUUUUGCUUCAACUAAUAAAUAGUACUGCGCACUUCA